CGACCGAGGCGGCGGAUGCGGCGGGCAAGGCGGCAGGCGAUGCGAUCAUCGCCGGCAAGUCGCCAGAGGUAGCGGCGGCCGCGGGUGAGGCUGCGGGCACAGCGGCUGAAAAGGCGCUGGAUGCCGGCCUCUCGCCGGACGCAGUCGAUGCGGCUGGCGAGGCGGCAGGCGAGGCUAUCCUUGCGGGCAAGAGCCCCGAGGUUGCGGCCGCCGCUGGCGAGGCUGCCGGCAAGGCGGCCCAGAAAGCACUCGACGACGGCUUGUCACCCGAUGCUGCCGACGCGGCGGGCGAAGCUGCGGGCGCGGCGAUCAUUGCGGGCAAGACGGCCGAGGAGGCAGCCGCUGCUGGCGAGGCUGCGAGCAAGGCGGCCCAGAAGGCGCUCGACGACGGCUUGUCACCGGAUGCUGCCGAUGCGGCGGGCAAGGUGGCGGGCGACGCCAUCAUCGCAGGCUACACGCCCGAGCAGGCAGCGGCGGCCGGCGAGGCGGCGGGCAAGGCGGCCCAGAAGGCGCUCGAUGCCGGCCUGUCGCCGGAAGCGGCUGAUGCGGCUGGCGAGGCGGCAGGCGAGGCUGUCCUCGCUGGCAAGUCGCCCGAGGAGGCGGCUGCUGCGGGCGAGGCUGCCGGCACGGCGGCCCAGAAGGCUCUCGACGACGGCUUGUCGCCCGAGGCAGCUGCGGCCGCGGGUGAGGCGGCGGGUGACGCCAUCAUCGCCGGCAAGAGCCCCGAGGUGGCGGCCGCUGCUGGAGAGGCUGCCGGCAAGGCGGCCCAGGCUGCGCUCGACGCCGGCCUGUCGACAGAGGCGGCGGAUGCGGCUGGUGAGGCGGCAGGCAAGGCUAUCAUCGCAGGCAAGUCGCCCGAGGUGGCUGCGGCCGCUGGCGACGCUGCCGGCAAGGCGGCCCAGAAGGCGCUCGACGAUGGCUUGUCGCCCGAGGCUGUCGAUGCGGCGGGCGAGUCGGCGGGCGACGCCAUCAUCGCCGGCAAGAGCGCCGAGGUGGCGGCGGCCGCGGGCGAGGCUGCAGGCAAGGCGGCUCAAGCGGCGCUCGACGCCGGCCUAUCGACCGAGGCGGCGGAUGCGGCGGGCAAGGCGGCAGGCGAUGCGAUCAUCGCCGGCAAGUCGCCAGAG